GUUAGACAGAUUUGAAUAAAAAUUUAAUUAAAAGUUACCAGACGCUAGUAAUUUACAUAAAAGCCUUUGCCAUGAUGACUCCGUACUUAUACACUCCUACUGUACGUACAGACGCUCUAUAAUGGUCCUCUGGCCGUCAGAGAGGGGAGCAUAGCACUAAAGAGAGUCGAGCCUGAUUCGAGCGAAAGUAGAACUAGGGUCAAGCAGAAUUCGAGCCUCAAAGUUUGGGAGGCCAAUGGUCGCCGCAGCUACGAGAGCUGAGUAGUGACGUGAACUACUGCGACGCGAAAAACAAACGGACGUAGCUCACUGCCUGUCACCGUACGUCGAAUACGACACUUCGCCUUUGUCUGCUACCCUCAUCGAGAUUCCAUCGUCGCCAUUCCAAGCAUGAUGUUGGGCCAAGAUCCUGUACCUGCUGCGAAUGAGUAUUAGUGUCCUACAUGGGCAUUACGACAUUCGGCGAGUUGGGUGUUGACCGAAAAUGAUGUCGCAAUUAAUGGCAUCAUUAGUGCUGUUCACCCACGCGAUGCCUUUGUCCAAGCCGACGGUUUCUGUGAAGUAUACUGCCAUUUUGAGAAGUAUAGUCUCGUACAACGAUUAUAUCGUGACUGAGAAGAUGUAAUGAAAUUGCACCUGAAUCGACAUCAUAUCAUAAUCAUAUAGCAUCUCAUAGAUAAUAACAAUGUCAUUGCCCAAUCACAAUUAUGAUUCUAGUAAUUGUCUCAAGCACCUUGAGCAAUUGGUCAUCCGAACUACUCAGUUAGAACAUUCUAUCCACUUAUCGGACUCAUUCAAUGGCUACAGCUGCGUUCCGAACAAUACUGUUGUACUCUUUGGCGAAAACAGACAAAGAAAUAGUACUUUACUACCUGACUUGUCUGACGGUUCCAAUGUUAUGGGUCAAGUCUCGGAGGUUAAUCCACUACCAAUAACAUCGACAGGAAUCAAUACUCAGUUUUCUGUUCAUAGCACCUCAUCUAUUUACUCAAUCCAACAUGUCACACAAAAUCAAAUACCACUACAGCCAUGGGAAAGAAAUAUUGACUUAAUAUCGUCUUCAUCGUAUAACAUGUAUGAUGCAAUAGAAAGAUCGGGGACCAAUAACUAUUGUGAUUCGAGUAAUUGCCUUGAUGAACUUGAGCAACUAGUCAAUCGGACUACUCAAUCGUCACAGCCAUCAGAAACGGGUCUAUGUUCAAUGUUUACCAAAAGCGAAAAUCGCCAAACUAAUAAAAAAAAUAAGACCUCCAGUCGGCAGACUGUUGCACGUGUAGGAAACAUUUUUAAUGAAGCCGAGAAUCAGGUACCGAAUCCCAUGUGGCCAUACGGCAAGCCUACACUAAAAAAACGGAUACCCUGUGAAUGUCCCAAUUGCAACGUCCAAGGUGGUAACAAAAUCUAUAGCAUCACCGGUAAGCUACAGCACAAAUGUCACAUUCCUGGAUGCGGAAGAACCUUCGAUUGGCCAUCAAUUUUACGAAUUCAUCUCAAAACGCACAGCCCAGCCAAGCCGUUCUUAUGCACUUGGCAUACGUGUAACAGCAAAUUCAAACGAAAAGGAGAACUGGUAAGGCACAUAAAUAGUCAUAUUCAAUUCAGGAAGUUCGUUUGCCCGCACUGCGACUCAAAAUUCACACGUAGUUGCCAUCUUACCAAACAUAUUAAUAAUACACACGGGAUCGAAAACAACGAAAUCUAACUCGGAAUAAGUAUUACAAAUAAUUUACUUGUAAAUUUAUUUGGUUGGUUAAGGAAUGGAUUUUUUUUAAUAAACAGUAUUAGAAUAAAUUUCUGUGUAAUACACUUAUAAGAUUAGAAUUAUUAUCGAAAUGAACAUUGUUUUAUAGUCGUAGUAUUUGACAUUGAUUAUAAACGUCAAUAUGACAAAUCAUAUGAUUGAUGAUUUUUAUGCCAAAUAUGGCGAGGUGUUAAAUUAAAUUUUAAUGUUUUCUAUUAGUAUCUACUUUUAUUAAUCGAAUAUAUUAUUAUUAUUUAACGUGGAUAUGUGUGUAUAUAAAAUUUAUUCUUAUUAAUGAACUAAGGUCA